AUGUCCGCCAGAACAGCUACCCUCCGUGUAUUUUGGCACCGGUGUGCUGGGGCUCCCCUGCGACCCAACUUACAGACACAAAUGGGCCUCUCAUGGCGUUCUUUCGCAUCCAAGGGUCCCCAUGGCACGCCUACGCCCAACACUAAGAAUCUGAAACCUGCUUCGCAAGCAGCCAGACAAGCGCAAAGGGUUCAGAAUACCGUACGGACUACGCAGAUGAAGGCGGGAAACAUUGGGCAACUAGCACUGAAGGUGGCUAGACAGGGUGAGGUCGUCCUAUUCAAUGUCCGUUCUCAACGGUCGUACGUCCUGAGUGCCUAUGGCCUGUCCGCGUUCUGCUUUGCGUAUGCAGUCUACAACUCCAAUGCCGUCUUCCGGGACCCUGUGACGGUCCUACCUGUGUGGCAGCAGGCUCUUUUUGGCGGUAUUUGUGUGACGAUGAGCGUUAUGGGCACCAUAUUCUUCACCCGCACCAGCCAUAUGAUUCGCAAUAUCACUGCGGUCAAGUCGCAGGGCCAGACAUACAUUCGAUUCACCGUUCGGCGCCUGAUGCCAUUCACCAAACCAUAUCAGUUCGAGGUGCUGCCCUCCCAAGUAGCUAUCUCUAAACGCCUGGUUGUGUCCGAGCAGACCGCGAAGCGUUUCGAGAACGAGAGUAGAAAGCUCGGUCCUGAGGAAGAGACUACACCAGGCUUCUUCAAAGCCCCAGUCGAGAAGCUGAGCCGCGGUCUCUGGAGAUUGUUUCUUUCCGUCCGCCAGGUUUUUACGAGCGAGGACUUCAUUUUGAUGCGAGUUGAAGGCCGAAAUGCCACCUUCCGGCUGGACUCCAAUGGCUACGUCUCGAGCGACCUUUAUGCUCUUGGGAACCCAGUGAAAUUCACGGGCAAAUAA